GACACGAGCAUAGCUCUGAUUCUUGGCGGCGAAGUCGUGCAUAGCAUGGCAAAUUGGCAACAACCGAAAUUUUAGUGCGGGAAAAACGUUUCCGAUGAUUCCAUCCGUGAACGAGGCCUUGAUUGUCGCCAACUUCCCCCCACGGCCAGAACGAUCACCAAACCUAACUCCAUCCAUUUCCUACGACGCCGUGCUGGUGCUCCUCCAGACCUCCAGUCCUGAGCGGAACCCCCGUGGCUGCCGAUGAUGGGGGUGGCGUCGACGGAGACGAGGGACUGGGCGGAGCUGCCGUGGGACGCCCUGACGACCGUCUACGGCAAGCUGGGCCUGGCGGGCACCCUGGUGGGCGCCGUCCAUGUGUGCAGCUCCUGGCGCCGCGCGGCCGCCCACGAGCCCACACUGAUCCGCGCCGGGGACGACGGACUCCUCCUCUCCCUCGCCCAGCGAUUAUCAUCGCUAAGGAUCCUUCGCCUUGUAUCAUGCUACAGCAUAUCUAAUGAAGGAUUUAUCGAGGCAAUACAAAAGUUGACACUUCUUGAGGAGCUCGAGAUUUCACUUUGUAAAAAUAUCUUGCCAGAGGCAAUUGAGGUUGUUGGCAAAGCUUGCUCAUGCCUGAAGCGUUUCAGGCUGAGCAACGACCGCUUCUACUGUUUCGAAGAUGAGUACUCCAAUAAUCAGGAAGCAAGGGGGAUCUCGGCAAUGCUUGAGCUACGCUCCCUUCAACUUUUUGGCAAUAACCUCAACAACCAAGGACUCAUAUCCAUCCUUGACAACUGCCCACACCUGGAGUUCCUCGACAUUCGCAAUUGCUUCAACAUUAACAUGGACACAGCGUUGCAGGUCAAGUGUGCCAGGAUUGAGACACUUAGGCUUCCUGAUGACUCAACUGCGGACUACGAGUUUCCUGUCAAAAGCCCCAUUAGGUAUUGUUCUAAUUUUGCCCCUGACUACAUAUGCGAAGAACAUUGGGCCAUCAGUAUAUUCGAGGAGGAUGAAGAUGACUAUCUUUCCCGUGAGUUUUAUCCACCUGAGGAAGAUUUGCUUGAAAUCGAUGACACAUCACGCUUGGAGGAAGAUGGAGAAAUCCCUGAAGACGAGGAAUCUAUGAUGUUAGAUUACUAUGCGACCCUGCACGAGACUGGAUUGGUCUAAGGUGAACUCAAUGAGGAUAUCUGAAUGAUCCAAAUGAUAGGUCCGCUCUGCAGUGAGUAUUGCCAGUCCUGUUGCCCCAGUCAGAGCCAUGUUUUCCUAGUUCCAGCAUACAUGUUUGUUUCCUCCCCUACUAUACGUACGGAUGAUCCACUGGUUCUGUCAUUUGCAUACCGCCUCCUAGUUACAGUUACUCAAUGAACUUAUUUCUUAUAUGUGCCUCUGA